CGUGGCUACCUGGUGGCCAGCUUCGUGGAGAUGCCCGAGCCCAUGGAGGACCCGGCCACGGGCGAGAGCAUCACCUGGGUCAUCUUCCUCAUCUCCUACUGGGGCGAGCAGAUCGGGCAGAAGAUCCGCAAGAUCUCGGACUGCUUCCACUGCCACGCGCACCCGGAGAGCGAGGCCAGCCGGGUGGACACCAUGAGUGGGCUGCAGAGCCAGAUCCAGGACCUCAGCGUGGUGCUGGAGGAGACGGAGCAGUACCUGGCGCAGGUGCUGGACAAGGUGGUGCUGGCGCUGCCCACCUGGCGGGUGCAGGUGCAGAAGAUGAAGGCCAUCUACCUCAUCCUCAACCAGUGCAGCUUCGACGUCACCGAGAAGUGCCUUAUCGCCGAGGUCUGGUGCCCCGUGCGGGACCUCACCCAAGUGCAGGACGCCCUGCGCCAGGGAUCGAUCUGGCUGACGUUCUUCGAGGGGCGCUACCUCAUCCUGCUCAUGGGGGCCUUCUCCAUCUACACCGGCUUCAUCUACAACGAGUGCUUCAGCAAAGCCACCGUCAUCUUCCCCUCCGCCUGGAGCGUGGCCACCAUGGCCAACCACUCCUCCUGGAGCUCUGCCUACCUCGCCACCCACCCGUCCCUCACCCUGGACCCCAACGUCACCGGUGUCUUCCAAGGGCCCUAUCCUUUUGGGAUCGACCCAAUCUGGAGCUUGGCCACCAACCACCUCACCUUCCUCAACUCCUUCAAGAUGAAGAUGUCCGUGGUGCUGGGCAUCGUGCACAUGGGCUUCGGCGUCUUGCUGGGGGUCUUCAACCACGUGCACUUCCAGCAGCGGCACCGGCUGGGCUCUCCUUUGCCCUUCCGGCCGGCGCGUUUCCAGUCUGAUGGGUGGAAGAAGGUAAAUGUCAUCACCAAGAUGGAGGUCACAAGGACUGCAGGCUGCCCCAGUCCCCAGCGGGACUAA